AUGUUGAAGAUAUAUCUAAUUUGUUUGUUGUGCUUGUUCGUGUUAAACUUGGAACAUGCACAAUGUAAACCCGACUACUUGUUCAAUGCAAACGCAAAUGGUUGGCUCAAAGUGCACACAAUACCCGCCACAUGGGAGGAAGCAUUCCUUCGAUGUCACUAUGAAGGCGCUGUGCUCGCGUCCCCACUGACUAAGGAAAUGGGGAAGGCCCUAUUGGAGAAGACCUUAAGAGUUGACCUGGACCAAACCAUCCACUUGGGGACACACGAUUUGAAUUCUAAAGGAGACUAUUUUUCUGUGGAAGGAGUGCCGUUGGACAGUUUGGUUCUGAGUUGGAGCAAGGUCAAGGGUACUGGCGACUGCCUCGCCAUGACACGGGAUGGUCUCGCAAUGUUGACGAAGUGCACUGAACCUCGGCCCUACAUCUGCUACAAGAAGCUGGACAAUCUGACGAUGAACAUCUGUGGAACAUUUGAUGACGCGUAUCAAUUUAACGAGAAGACUGGCAGCUGCUAUAAGACACACCUCCAGAAAAAGACAUGGUCUGACGCGUUCAAGAUGUGUGCUGCUGAGGGAGGUUACUUGCUUAUCCUAAACGACGCCACAGAGGCUGCCAUCGUCAAGGAAAUGUUCCCCAAACGGACAGGAAAAGACACCGACUAUGACAGAUUCCACGUGGGGCUGCAGGCUUGGGGACCUGAACGUACUUGGAUCACUAUCCACGGUGAGAGAAUAGAAAACGUGUUCAUGAAUUGGCACCCAGGUCAGCCGGAUAACUUCCAGGGUGUGCAAGAUAGAGGGGCUUUUAUGAGAAUGGGCAGUUUCGACGACCACGCUAUAAACGCCAUGGCUAUGUUUGUAUGUGAGAAAGACCCCAAUGUGAAACGCUUCGAAGAGUUACCCGGACAACUGGCCGUUUCAGAACAGUUUUAA